AUGGCAACAACACCUCCACCUCCCGGCCGCGUUCACACUCCUCCUACGCCCCGUCACGGUCCACUCAUUGAUCCCUACGAAGCAUAUUCACCCAGAAGAUCUAGCCGUGUCGCUGCCCGCAAAAAUCAUCUUCCAGACGAUCUACCUACCUCAUCGUUACAUCCCCGCCGGCAGAUACGCGCAACAACUCCAACGAGCACCCGGAAACCGACCAUCGCGCGUACCUCCAGCCAGACCUUUUCUCCACCGUCAUCACCUGCAUCACCUGCAAAACUUACCAAGCGUAAUCCUGCUAAAAGUCGUGCUUUACGCGUGUCUUCAGCUGGACUUGACUCCGACUCCGACGCAAUGCCAUCUCGUGCAGAGUCAUCGCUCAAGCCACUUGGGUUUGACCCGCGAGCAAUGCUGCCAACCCCAUUGAAGACGCCUCGCAAGCGGCCCGCCGAGUCGGAAGCAGCUUUGAGCUCCACAGCACGCGUGUUGUUCCCAAGUCGCCCAACCAAUGUUGAGGAUGUUAUGCCGUCCCCUCGCAAAACUCGAAAGGGCAAUCACUUUUCUCUUGCACUCUCAAGUCAUGAAGAAGAAGUUGAUGGAGGUGUUGCCGCCUCCUCCAAAAUUCAGAUCUACACCGAUUCUAAAGAACGCGUCCCCAGCAUCGGCGAUGAAGAAGAAAACCCAUUUCUCAGCAAGAACGCCAAGCCGCACAGUCGCAAGGCUAGGGCCAGCUUCAUCAAGCGCCGCCAGAGCGACGAAGAACGGGCGGAAGAGAUGGAAGAAGCAGCCCGUAACAAUGAAGGAGUGAUCUACGUCUUCCGAGGCAAGAAGAUCUUUCGCCGAUUCGAUCAUCCUCCCACGACUGAAUCUGCCAAUGCCGUAGCAGACAACGAUUCUGAUGCUGCCAGCGACGACUCCAUCCGUCGCAAAGCCGGCGCCUCCUUUCGCCGUCCUUUUACGCGCUCGACAAUUCAGCCUCGCCUACUUUUCCCGAAUGAGUCCCAACGUCGCGCUCGCGAGACUGUUGACGAAGAGGAUGAAGAGGCCGCCACGGAUAUUGAAGUUCCCAUUCCUGUACCCACGCCAAGAAAGAGCACCCGCUACCAGCUUCGGCAGGAGGCGGAAGGGGAGAUCCUUGCAACACCACCGGCGAUAGGACGUGCUACUCGCUCUACUACAAGGAACGAGGCGGCUGAGCACGAGACGCCUACUAUUGCCGGCACCAGCGAGCUGCAGCCGACAGAAGACACGCCGCUCCUAAUGCCCACGCACGCAACACGCAGCAAGAAGGCUAGUCCAUUCGACAGCUGGCGUCGCACUAAGGACUUCUCGAAGGCUGUACGCAAGGGGACGAAGAGGCAAGCUGAGCCCCUGGAGCGGGGCGAGGCGAGCGGAAAGAGGGUGAAGUCCGGACUGCAUCUGGACUCUUAG